AUGUCGUACUACCAGAGCGGCGGCUCCAACUACUACAACCCGAGCAUCCCGCCGUCGAGCUCGGGCCAAUAUCACAGCUCCUACGACCAGCAGCACCAGACUGCAGACGCUGGAGACGUUACCAAUGGCGGGGCACAUGGCUACGGCUAUGCAAGGCGCAACAGCUACAGCCAACACCAGAACGACGAGUUGUUCAUGGGAGGUGACCAGCAGCCCGCCUCGCCAACCCAAGCAAGCUACAACAGCGCAUACCAGUACCAGUCACAGUCUCAGCAGAGUUACAACCCGCAAAACUACGGCUCGCCCGUGACCCAGUUGCCAAACCCACAGCACUAUGGCGGCGUCAACAGAACAUUUGCCCCGCUGCACCAGCCCUACAAUCCAGCUCUUUACGCAGACAACAGCUUGGGUAGGACGAGCACUGUCAGCCAUCCCUACGGUUUCUCUCCGAGUUCGCCCUCGACCACCUCAUACCCGUCGCCCACGCAAUACCAGCAGUCGCAGUUUGGCAGGACAGGCUCCGUUCAACAACACUCUGGCCGAUCGGCCUACUCGCCUCCUCAAGCGCCACCUGUGCCCGCCCCUCCAGGCAGUGCGCAGAUCCCAGCAGACGACUGGGCGAAUUACCCGACCCGCCACUCGUCGUCUGCCUCACACUCGUAUUCGCAUUCCUACCAACGAUCCUCCGACCCACACGCACCGCUACCUUCACCUCCGUCGCAGGACCAGCUUAAUCGCUAUCCUUCGACAUCGAGCCACCUAUCCAACCCUCUGCCACCCACGCCUGAGGUGCCGCCGCAUCAAACUUUGCAAAGACAAGACACCGUGGGGCGACGGCCACUACCCCCGCCUCCUCCGCCCAACGAGUCCGAUGGCGAAGACUACUUUGCGACGCAGAAUGGGGGAUAUAGCCAGGAUGAAUUGUUCUCGCAGCUUGAAAACAUGACUACUGGACCCGGGAGUCCCAAUAUCAAUGUGGAACACGCGAAUGGGGACAAUUACUAUAACGUGGCUGGGCGUAAUGGUAAUCGCGUGAAUGGAAACCAGCUCGCACCGCAAAAUAGUCAGACGGUGUACUCGAGUGAUAGCGAUGUGGAAGCUGCUGCUGGUCUGGCCGCUUUGCGCAUGGCCGAGGAACAGGAACAGGCAGACGAAGCGCGGAGAAGAAGCGGCGGCGCCGGACUCUUCAGUACUUACGCAUCCAUACAGUCGCCACCAUUACCAAGUACCACGAGCCCAACCCAACAGAGGCAAGAGAGUGCAAGCGACAGCGACUACGUGCCCGUGGACGUUGGCCUGUACGGAGAUAGCUUCGCGCCCCACUUCACCUACGGGGGUGCUCCCGACCAGCUAGUCGCUCCGAACAGCCAUCCAGUUUCAUCUUCCGGCUCACAACGAAGAUCUGAAGCACCAAGCGAAGACUUCGACCCCGUCCAUCCUUUCCCACCUUUCGGUACCACGGCGCGAGUCGACACCUUCGGCACCGGUGGCCUCGAGGAGCCCAGCGCAAGAAGAAGGAGCUACGAUGAGGGCGAUGAGUCUACGCUCAUGGACACCUCAACCGCAAUGUCUGGCGAGGUCCCUGACAUGUUUUUCCAUCCGGGCAUGUCUACUAACCGCCCGUUACCGCCUCCUCCAGCAAGUGGCAACCGACGGCCCCACCACGCCAGCACGAGCUCAUCUGGUUCGUAUGAGUACUGGCGCAAUUCGCAAUCCUCUCGUGGCUCAUACCCUGUAGACCCGAAUACAUUGCACAUGGUUUCUCCGACCGGAACACUCGUACCUCGAUCUACGUCUCUCCUCCAACACAGCCACACGCCUCAGGCAGUGCCUCUUCCAAGAUCAAAGACAGAUGCCGAGCAAGGGUACAAGCCCCGACAGCAGGCAAACCGUCAAACGUUCUACGGUGGGCCGGUUGACAGCGACAACAACACACUGACCCCAGGCAGUGCCGACGCAGUGGCUAUUGACCUGCCAACGUUACCUGCAGGAAAGCGCUUCAACCCAGCCAAGCUCUCAAGUAAUGACUUCAAGAAGUGCACUGAGCCUUGGGCAUUGAGCUCUAUAAUCACAUGGCUCAAGCACAUGACGGAAGGAGAGAAUGACUUGAAAGAAGGGCCAAUCCGAGAAGGGUUGAUCGCGCUUUUCACGCAUAAAGUACCUACAAUGAACAUCGCCGAUGCCGAAACACUCGCGAGCCGCGUCGUAGCCGAGAUGCACAAGGCCGGUACUCUCGUGCACGAGGAAGAGUGGCUGAAGUUUUCGUCCGAGACGAUGACGGGUGUGAUCUUCCAGCUGACGAACGCCGGUUGUUAUGCGCCGAAGCUGCAUACAGAAACGAUGCCUGGACGAUGCUACGCACACCAUUGCCAGCGUACAAUCAAGAAACUCGACUUGACGUCUCCGUCAACUUCCAGCAAGUCUGGUGACUGGGCGACUUUUCACAACUUGACCAAGGAGUCCGUUGAAGGCGCAGACAGGAAGGAAAUUGAACGGCAAAAUAUUUUGCACGAGAUUGUUCAAGGUGAAGAUGCUUACAUGCAGCGAUUAGAUGUACUCCGCACGCUUUACCGAGACCGCUUGAUUGCCGCGCAGCCACCGGUGAUCCCUCCGAAGAAACUGAACAAGUUCAUCAAGGAUGUCUUCAGCAAGGUGGACGCAGUGAAGAAGGCCAACGAGGAGCAUCUCCUACCUCAGAUGAAGUACCGACAGCAAGAACAAGGACCCUGGAUCGUUGGUUUCAGCGACAUCUUCCGAGAAUGGAUCAGAAAAGCGAAGCAAGCCUAUAUUGAGUACUCCUCCGCAUUUCCGUACGCAAACUUCCUUGUCCGCCAGGAAGCCGACAAGAACAUGCUGUUCCGGACAUUCCUCGAUGAAGCUCGGAACAACAAAGCAGCAAACAAGCUGGACUGGAAUACGUUCUUGAAGGGUCCAAUCACUCGAUUGCAGCACUAUGGUCUCCUCAUAGACUCUGUGCUUAAGAAGUCAAAGAUAGAAAAUGAGGAGAAGAGAAACCUGGAAAUGGCACGCGACGAAAUCAAGGCGGUAACGAUGGAGUGUGACACCCGUGUCGCGGAGAUGACAAGAAAGGUGGACUUGAGCGACCUGCAGGCGAAGCUCAUACUACGGCCAGGCAUGCAGCGCGUGGAGCUCAAUCUGGACCAUCUCGGACGCGAGCUCAUUUUCAAAGGCGAUCUCUUGAGGAUGGGCGGCAAUAGAUUCACGUGGCUCGAAACUCAUGCCCUUUUGUUUGAUCACUACCUCGUCCUGGCCAAGACUGUCACGUAUCGCGAACAAGACGGCGUGACCAAGUCGGAGAAGUACGACGUCUCCAGACUGCCUAUACCUAUGGAUCUUCUUGUCUUGGAAAGCGAAGAUGAUGAUGCCGUCGUUAGGUCGGCUGUCAAGGGCAUCGCUGCCGUCACGCCAGUGCAAAAGAGCGGAUCGGAGGUCCGCUUAGGACGUGGUGCUGGUCUCAAUGGGCCUAUGCCCGGCAUGCUGACUCACACUAACACGUCGAACUCGCUGUCAUCAACAAAUACUGGCGGAUCAGGAAAGACAAUAGGCCAACCUGUCAAUCUAGAGAACGGAAGAGACGAAAAGAUCAUGUAUCCGUUCCGCAUCAAGCAUCUUGGCAAAGAAACCUACACAUUGUUCGCCCCUACCGCACAAAACCGCGCGGAGUGGUGUGACAAGCUCAUCAUCGCGAAGACGAACCACGCGACGGCUCUGUUCUCGCAGAAUGCCGAACCUUUUAGAUUACGAGUCAUGGCAGAUGCUGCAUUCGCAUACGAAAGCGCGAUGCCUUCGCAGAAGAGCAUCACGAUCAAAGGCACUCCGCUUGAUCGAUCAAUAGACGAAGUCGAGAAGCUCUUCUCGAAUUCCGGUCGACCUGUUCCUAUUUGUCGUGCUCGGGUGAAUUGCGCCACUGCCUUCAACCAGCCGUACGGCAAGCACAUGGUUGCUGUAGGUACAGAUAUUGGUGUCUACAUCUCUGAGUACGACAAUCCGCGAGGCUGGACCAAGGCAAUCCAAAUACCCAAGGUUACGCAAAUCGCGGUGCUCGAGCAGUUCAGCCUGAUGUUGCUUAUUUCUGACAAGUCACUGAUCGCCUAUCACCUCGACGCCGUCUGCCCUGUGAGCGGUGUGCCACCAAGUAACGACUCUACUCGACGAGCACCCCAGAAGCUAUCAGGAGCGCGAGACAUCGGCUUCUUCGCAACCGGCGUCAUGAAAGAUCGGACACUAGUGUUCUACAAGAAGCGAGAAGGCCUUUCCUCUACAUUCAAGGUCCUGGAACCUGUCUACCAAAAAUCAACCGAGAAGAAAUCUCGCAUAUGGAAAUCAGGCCGAACGGAGUUCUUCCGCGAGUACGACGAAUUCUACAUUCCCACCGACUGCUUCGGCAUCGAUCUCUUCCACUCCUCACUCGCCAUCUCCACAGCAAAGGGCUUCGAAGUCCUCACCCUCGACAAGAAACAACCCUGGUCCGUACCAGACCUCCGCCAAUCCCACGUCGCGACCAUCGCCUCGCGACUCCAGGACCAAAAGCCCCUCGGCAUGUUCCGCCUCUCAGACCAGGAGUUCCUCCUCUGCUACGAGGAGUGCGCCGUCUACGUCAACAAGCUGGGCGACAUCUCGCGCUCCGUCAUCAUGGAAUUCGUGGGCAAGGCCAAGAGCGCAGCUAUGUACGGGCCGUACGUGCUCCUCUUCGACCCGGACUUCAUCGAGAUCCGGAACGCGCAGAAUGGGCGCUUGAGACAGGUUAUCUCGGGGCGAGAUGUAAAGUGUCUAGACGACGGGCUGAGCGGGGGAAGUAGCCACACGCGCACGAUUAAGUUGAGUUUGCAGCAUCCGCAGCAGGAGAGGUGUCAGGUUGUGGUGGAGCUGGUGCUUAAUGAGGGGCAGAAGGAGUAG